AGGAUCAUUUCUACAGACGGGACAACCAGAUCAAGAACUGGGCAGAAUGGAAGUGAAGGUGUCUGUCAAAGGCAUCCCACGUGUCGUGUGCGGAGUUACAGAGGAGACAACGUGUCAAGACGUGGUGCUCGUGUUGGCUCAAUCCCUCGGGCAGCCAGGACGGUACACCUUGCAAGAGAAGUUCAAAGACUUUGAGCGGUGCAUGACUCCCAAUGAACGGCUUCUGGAGACAUUGAAGAAGUAUGGCGAGCAGGCCAAGGAGGUCCAACUCAGUCUCCAACACAGCGGCCUCUCUGCUUGGGAUGAAAUGGGCAAAGUGAAAGUUGGCAGAUACCAGCCUUGUCCGCCACUGAGACGGAAAGAUAUUGGGCCUAAAACGAGGAGGGGCAGCAGUUCCCUAAGCUUGCACCGCCAAAGCUUGCCUCCAUUGAACUGUUUGAGAGAAGAGGUAGAGGAGAAGAACGAUGUCCUGAAGACGCCUAGAAGAAAAUCUCUAACUCUCAUGGAGGAGGCCAGGGAAUGGCUGGGAAGUCUUGGCAAAGGAAAGGUCUACAGUACAAUGUGUGACAAGUCAAACAAGAAGAGGAUUGAUAAAAAGGGACGGGCCUCUUUGGAUUUGUCCUUUUUUGUCACGAAAGAGCAUCAAGAUCAAAGCAGCAGAGGUACAGACACAGGUCAGAAAAGUUCAAAAUCAGACUUUGACCAUCAAACAUCCUGCUGCAUCAGCAAUAAGACCAAGGAGAAAAGCAGGCGCUCAAAGAACACCCAGGAGGUAAAAUCUGACCUGAGCACCUCAAUCUGCAGAGCAGUAACUGAAGAUGAGAAAAAUUGCCUCAGAGACUCAAUCAUAUGUCAGCUGCUGUGCUUGCAGGAUUUACAAGUCCAAAUAACAAACACAGACAAACAGAUUUUGUACCUUGAGCAGAAGCAGAAAACCAAAAGAGCUAAAGAAGAAGUCGAGGAGAGGCUUGUGGCUGAUGAGAUGGAAUACAUCAAAUUUUGGGAGAAUGAAAUGAAAGCUGAGGAGAGUAAUGAAAAAUAUUUGCAGCGUCAGUUCCUUGAGAUGAGAGCCAAGGUUGCAGAUUGCAAAGUUAAACUGGAGGAGUACAGGCGCAAAAUGCAGGGCUUGGAUAUUUUUGGCAAUCUGAACAUUGCUCAAGAAGACCGGAGGGUUUUAAAAACUCCUGAAAAAAUCACAACCAAGAUAUCCGACAGCUCGAAAAAGGAAGAAAAUCUGGAAGGAUCCGAGUCCAGUGUGGAAAGAAAUGUCAACAGGAAGUUCCAGCCCAAAGAUGAGCACAGCACUCCUCAUGCUCAAGUUCCUCCAAAUCAGAUAAGAGAGCGGCGGCCCACGGGACCCACCGAGCUGAGGGAGUGGUGGAAGCGCUGGUCAGAAGCUCAGAAGGCUCAACCCCAGGAUGAAAGGAAGGUCAUCCAUCGCUCUGAGCUCACCAUUUACCUGAGGAGUACCAAGGUUUAGGACCAGCUCACAUUGAUCCAACCCCCUGUUUGUGACAUCACCAUGAGAUCUCCAUUAGGACAUCUUCAAUGAACCAGAGCAAGAUUAUUCUGCUUUCACUGCUGCAAUAUUAUCCUUCGCAUGACAACGGGUUCAUGUUUACACCCUGAAAGCUUUAUUUUUACUGCCAUUCUUCAGUCACCUGGAACUUUAUGCAUCAAACACAUAACUGAUUCUCUAAUUUUACUUGUGUACUUUGUA